CAAGAGUGACCGCGCGCGCGUUGUGAUUGGGAAAAUUUAAGAUAUCACUGUCAUUUAUUCACAUCCAUAUCCACUCACUAUUCCCUCCUCCUUCCUUUGCCUCUUUCGCUUUUGCUUUCUAGGUUUUUUUUUUUUUUUUCUUGCUCUUUCUCUGUGUCGAUGGCGGGAAAAGGAGGGAAGGGGCUUGUGGCCGGAAAAACCACGGCAGCGAACAAGGACAAAGACAAGGAUAAGAAAAGGCCUGUCUCUCGUUCAUCCCGUGCUGGGAUCCAGUUUCCUGUGGGUCGUAUCCAUAGGCAGUUGAAGCAAAGGGUGCAAGCAAAUGGACGUGUGGGGGCGACUGCUGCUGUGUACUUGGCCUCCAUUCUGGAAUAUCUGACUGCUGAGGUGCUGGAGCUGGCGGGGAAUGCUAGCAAAGAUCUGAAGGUGAAGAGGAUCACACCAAGGCACUUGCAACUCGCUAUCAGGGGAGACGAAGAGCUUGACACCCUCAUCAAAGGGACCAUUGCUGGUGGUGGUGUUAUCCCUCACAUUCACAAGUCCUUGAUCAACAAAGCUGCCAAAGAAUGAAAAUCAAAUGCCUCUUUGUUUCUCCUAUUAUGUGUUCCUUUAUGUUUAUGUAGUAGUUAGUGUAGUAGGCCUUCUUUACUGUUUAUGAACAGAUGUUAAUGUUAUUGUGUAAAUGGUCAUUCUAUUGGCUUUUAACUUGCCUGUUGUGAUACACCUGGGAUUGUAAUGCUGCUGGAUUUUAAGAGUUCUUUGUUUUAGCUUUGGUGCUUGAUUUA